UUUCUUCCAGGCUAACAUGGCAUCUCUGCCUCGUCUCCCCCGGGGCAAGAAGGUGGCCCUGACCACCUUGGGUGUGUUGACGGCCGGCGGAGCGGGCCUGGCCUUGGCCCUUCACACGGCAGUGAGUGCAGGGGAGUUGGAGCUGCACCCCCCCAACUACCCCUGGAGCCACGGUGGUAUGCUGUCUGCCUUGGAUCACAGCAGUGUCCGGCGCGGCUAUCAGGUGUACAAGCAGGUAUGUUCCGCUUGCCACAGCAUGGACUACCUGGCCUUCCGCAAUCUGGUGGGAGUCAGUCACACAGAAGCUGAAGCCAAGGCCUUAGCAGAAGAGAUUGAGGUGCAGGAUGGACCCGAUGAAAACGGCGAGAUGUUUAUGCGUCCCGGCAAGCUUUCCGAUUACUUUCCCAAGCCUUACCCCAAUCCUGAAGCAGCCAGGGCAGCUAAUAACGGGGCGCUCCCCCCGGACCUCAGCUAUAUCGUCAAUGCUAGGCAUGGCGGAGAGGACUACGUCUUCUCCCUUCUCACUGGCUACUGCGAUCCCCCCACCGGGGUGACGAUGCGGGAGGGGCUGUACUACAACCCCUUCUUCCCUGGGCAAGCUAUUGGUAUGGCCCCACCUAUCUACAACGAGAUCUUGGAAUUUGAAGAUGGGACCCCGGCCACCAUGUCACAGAUCGCCAAGGACGUCUGCACCUUCUUGCGAUGGGCAGCAGAGCCGGAACACGACGACCGCAAGCGGAUGGGCCUCAAGAUGCUGCUGAUUGCGUCCUUGCUGCUGCCCCUCACUUAUUACUUGAAGCGGCACAAGUGGUCAGUCCUCAAGAGCAGGAAGAUCGCCUUCCGGCCUCCCAAGUGACCUGUCCAGGGGGCCUGGACCGACCGACCGACCUCUACUGCCUGAGGGGCACCGCCUCUGCCGCCCUGGGAAUGUACGUACGGGCUGGCAGGCGGACGGGCGCUCCUCUCCAGUGCGGUUUCUGUUAUUUAACGUCUCUCCAUCCGUGCAGUCACCCGUGAAGCCUUGGGAAGGGACCCUGGGAACCCAGGGGUGGCAGGUGCCCAAUAAACACAUGUCUUCA